AUGGUCUUCUGGAUCAUUGAUAAGGAGGAACCAAUCCCUUCACCUGACGAGUUUUUGUCGACAUAUGAGAAUAUCAACACAUACCUCUUCGAUAUGGAGGGUAUUCGUGGGCAAAGGACCCUCAGGGUUUACGUUCUUAAACCAGGAAAGAAAUUGCCACAAGAAUAUUGGGAUGCUUAUGAUCAAUUCCUAAUCCGGAAGGGUACGGAAGGUAAUGAAGGUGUGAGAUUUGAAAGGAUGUUACUAGACAUUCUUUUAUUUUCAUUCUUAGAUGAACGUAAUUUUCUGAUACUCUCAAGGAACAAAGACUUUGGACACGGCACCAAGUUCUUUAGUGUACGUGACACUUUAGGAGAGAAGGGUAUCCAUGUUGCUGUAGCACAUCCUGAUUAUUUCAAUAAUAUCACCUUGGUGUCUCCUUGA